GCCGCCAUCACUUUCGUCGAUCUCAUAUACAAUCACUUUCUCCACUUUCAUCAUCCGUCCUAAAGGCGGCCAGCGCAGGUUUUAGGGAUAAUCGGAAAACCCUACCGCUCUAUAUUUGUUCCCGCCGCCUGAAAACCUAAAUGGAAGACCAGUCGUUGGCGACGCCGGGAGAAGUGCUGGGAUCGGCUCUGCAGUACAAAGCCGGGAAAGGGGCUUACCUCUACAAAAGGACUGUAGUCUCCGCCAUCACCGGAUUCCGCUCCUUCAUACACCCAUCGUCCGACUCUCCUGACCAGAGACCAACUGUGGAGGUUACUGGACAUAAGGCACAUGGACCUGUUCCUCAGCCAGGCUCGAUGGUUUUAGCCAGGGUCACUAAGGUGAUGGCAAGGAUGUCCUUAGUGGAUAUAAUGUGUGUUGGUUUCAAGGCUGUUCGUGAAAAAUUCACUGGUACCAUCAGGCAACAAGAUGUCAGAGCAACUGAGAUUGAUAAAGUGGAUAUGCAUUUAUCUUUUCGUCCAGGUGACAUCGUUAGAGCUUUGGUCCUAUCACUUGGAGAUGCGCGAUCAUAUUAUUUAUCAACGGCCAAGAAUGAACUGGGCGUGGUAUCCGCAGAGAGUUCAGCAGGCGCUACCAUGGUUCCAAUAAGUUGGACAGAGAUGCAGUGCCCGCUGACAGGCCAAGUGGAGCAUAGAAAGGUUGCUAAAGUUAAUGCUUGACUAACUUGUUGAAUGGUAGGUUUCUUAUUGUAUGUUUCUUGCUGGAUUGCAAAUUGAAUCUCAAAGUCCAAACCUCUAUCGGUCGUUUUGGUUUGGGGAACUCGAGUAAAUCUAGUGAGCAUUUGUUUAGCAAAAACUGCAUAAAUCUAGGUGGAUCCAAGUGCAUAUAAGAGAGAUGGUUUUUCCUUUUUUAUAAGUAUUAGGUUGACCUGGUUGGAUGUAGUAAAGUUUUGUUUACUUGGAGGUUCUCCAAUUUGUUAGACAUAAUAUAUACCUCGUCUAAAC